GCAUUCACCACCUGGCCCUUCUCUUCUACGCUCAUCACAGCUGCCUUCUCUCUCAGCCAUGAUUGCCAGACAGCAAAGUGUCCGCGGAGCCUCCCGGGGCUUUAGCAGUGGUUCAGCCAUUGCCAGUGGUGUCAAGCGGGUGGCCUUCAGCUCGGCCUCCAUGUCUGGGGGUGCAGGCCGAUGCUCCUCUGGAGGCUUCGGCAGCAGGAGUCUCUACAAUCUCGGGGGUCACAAGAGUAUCUCCAUGAGCGUGGCUGGGUCCUGCCAAGGCGGUGGCUAUGGUGGAGCCGGAGGCUUCGGUGUGGGAGGCUUUGGUGCCGGAGGCUUCGGUGCCGGGUUUGGUGCUGGUGGCUUUGGCGGCGGCUUCGGAGGCUCCUUCAAUGGUCGAGGUGGACCUGGCUUCCCUGUCUGUCCUGCUGGAGGUAUUCAGGAAGUUACCAUCAACCAGAGCCUGCUGACACCUCUUCAGGUGGAGAUUGACCCAGAGAUACAGAGAGUUCGCACAGAAGAGCGUGAGCAGAUCAAGACCCUCAACAACAAAUUUGCUUCCUUCAUUGACAAGGUGCGAUUUUUAGAGCAACAGAACAAGGUUCUAGAGACCAAAUGGAACCUGCUCCAGCAGCAGACAACCACCACAUCCCCCAGAAGCCUGGAUCCUUUCUUUGAGACUUAUAUCAAUGCCCUGAGGAAGCAUCUGGACUCUUUGACCAAUGACAAAGGGCGCCUACAGUCAGAGCUGAAGCUCAUGCAGGACAGUGUGGAGGACUUCAAGACCAAGUAUGAAGACGAGAUCAACAAGCGCACAGCUGCAGAGAAUGACUUUGUGGUCCUCAAGAAAGAUGUGGAUGCUGCCUACAUGAUCAAGGUGGAUUUAGAGGCCAAGGUGGACAGCCUUAAGGACGAGAUCAACUUCUUGAGGGUCCUCUAUGAAGCGGAGCUGUCCCAGAUGCAGACACAUGUCUCAGACACAUCUGUGGUGCUGUCCAUGGAUAACAACCGGAAUCUGGACCUGGACGGCAUCAUCGCAGAGGUCCGAGCCCAAUAUGAGGAGAUUGCCCAGAGGAGUAAGGCUGAGGUCGAGUCCUGGUACCAGACGAAGGUCCAGCAGCUCCAGAUCUCAGCUGACCAACAUGGAGAUAACCUGAAGAGCACCAAGAAUGAGAUCUCAGAACUCAACAGGAUGAUCCAGAGGCUGCGGGCAGAGAUUGAGAACAUCAAGAAGCAGUGCCAGACUCUGCAGACAUCCGUGGCUGAUGCAGAGCAGCGUGGAGAGACGGCUCUCCAAGAUGCCCACAGCAAACGUACAGAGCUGGAGGGCGCCCUGCAGAAGGCCAAGGAGGACCUGGCCCGGCUGCUGCGUGACUACCAGGCUCUCAUGAAUGUCAAGCUGGCCCUGGAUAUAGAGAUUGCCACUUACCGCAAGCUGCUGGAGGGCGAGGAGUGCAGGAUGUCUGGAGAAUGCCAGAGUGCUGUGAGCAUCUCGGUCGUUGGUGGCAGUGCCAGCAUUGGCGGGAGUGCUGGCAUCGGCCUUGGCCUGGGUAGUGGUUUUGGUUCUGGUUCCGGUUCUGGAAGUGGCUUUGGGUUUGGUGGUGGUGUCUAUGGCAGUUCUGGUACCAAGAUCACUGGUACCACCACCGUGACCAAGAGGUCCCAGCGAUAGAAGAGAUGGGGUCCUGAUGGCCCUGAGUCCGGCAGGGUCAGCCAUUGUUGGUGUCUCUGUGCUUCCUUCAUCUCCACUCUCCUUCCCGGCGUCCAUCGUGUCAGAGUCUCCUCCCCUCUGCCCCGGUCUCUCAGUUACAGGAUGAUCUUCUUGGCUGUGGCGUGGCUUCUGCUCUUUUGAAGCUGGGUAGCUUCUUUUCAAUUUGGGCCUUGUGACCCCCUGCAAUGGGAGGGGUGUCUGAUUUCACCCCAAUGGACAGAGGGGAUGAAGAUCAUCAGGAGCUCCUUCUUCAAAACUAUCAGGUCACAUGCGGCCCUUCAGUCACACCACCUUCUACCAGAUCCUGGACAUCCAUCUGCUACAAUUAUGCUCAUUCUCUACCACCUGGCAGCAAUGGGCUCUGCAAGGUUCAAACAAAGACUGCUUGGUGUCCCCUUCAACCCUGCUCAUCUCUGUUUCAUCCCCAAUAAAAUGCUUUUGUCAUUCA